AUGGAUGACGACGCUAUUAUCGUGGGAGAUGUAGAGACUCAACUAAAUGAGUUAAAAAUUCAUAAUGACAAAAUUGCGUUACUUCCAACAACGAGAACAGCUGAUAUGACAUCAAUUUUGAGCGUACCUGAAACUUGCCUUGAAAAAAUCUUCGCUUACGUCGCUGAUCCAAGAUUUAAUACUCGUGUGCCGUUCUACGAUUAUCUUCGCCAAAGAAUGAAGACCGUUGUUGCUCAUGGGCCGGAUAGGCACGGUCUCAAAGAAAUGGGACGAUUGGCGUUUGUGAGCGAGAAGUUUUCGCGCGUCGUUGACAGACUUAUGCAUUCAAAGAGAAAUGAUCUUCCAGAAGUCAACAUAGAUCUCCGUAUUAUGGGCUCCAAUGAUCGCGAGUAUGCUUGUACUGUUUAUAAAUAUGGAUUAACGGCAGCCAGUAGAAAUGCGUUUUACUAUUCAAAAUUUGCAGACAUUCCACAGUGUUUAUUCGGAUUUGAGCGUAUUGUAAAUUUGUACGUUAACAAUGUGGUUCUCACAGAUGAUCUAAUUGACGUAAUUCUCAAACUUCCAUAUGGAGAGAUUCAACGAGUGUAUUUUUAUGACCUUCGUGGGGAUAAAUUAAGUCGUAACACGAAGGUUAGAAAACUUCGUAAUCUUGCCAGGAAGGUUCCAUUGAUUGAUUUGAAAGGUUUACUUCCUCGUGGAAAAAGGGGUUUGAAUGGUCCUGAAUUCUUACGUGGGCCUGAUGUAAAUCGUGACAUUCACGCCUAUUCUCGCAGAAUUUCAUAUUUCGCCAAGAUUAGUGGUUCUCAUAAAGUAACCAAAGUGGGGAAAUAUCUAAAGAAAUUAAAAGCAAUUUUCCGCUAUGCUUGUUUCGAUCGUAUUGAAGUUCUCAAGUACAUGUUCCUCAUAAAAGAGAUCAUGAAUAGCAGUAGUGCAAUUGAGAAUAAUCAAUAUCGAUUGCGACGACUUGCUUUAAAUUAA